CAGUUUUAACUUACAGAUUGUAUAUGGUUUUAGCCUCGGAAAAAAAAUCCUCUGAUUGUAAUCUGGCUUCUGCGCAAACUGUGAGAGAAAAUGAUUUUAAAAGAAAGAUUAGACAAAGACUAUAGAGAGAUAUCUGAAAGCUUGAAUUUUUAACCGUCACCAAAGAUGGCAAGAUGAAUAGAGGACCAGAUAUUAGGAUGUGAUGUUCCUUGGAGCGUUGCACUCUGAGAUCAUAAAAGGAGACAGAAGGGGCUUUGAGGAGUAGAUAAGGUUGAGGAAGGGAAAUAUUUUAUUCUGUGUCGCAGGCUAUAGAAGGGAAAGCCCUUAAAGGGUCUGCAUUUAAUCCAUCCCAUCCCCCCAUCGCCACACUCACUCCUCCAAUCAUUCGUAUGGGAAAAUUUCAUAUUUCACCCCCUUUUCACCUAUCACCCUGCCCGUAAGCACAUUAACCCUUCACACAAACCUCCCUCCCAUCUCUGACCCAAUUUUGGGUAAUGAGGGGUAAGAGGGGUCCAUUGUGUGUGUUCCACAGAAGAGAGAGAAGAGGAGGAAACGAAAAGACAUGCAACCCCCCACCCACUUCAUUGUACACGCCGCACACACACACACACACACACACACACACACACACACACACACACACACACUGCAGUCCCACAUGGUUGUCAGAUUGUGCGUAUAAAUGUGGGGGUCUGUUUGCUUCCUGGUUUUAAGGGUAAUGGCUAAUGAUCUCGUAAAAGAAUGAAAAGGAAAGAGAGAAGAGCAGGGAGAUGAAAGGAAAAGGGGUGGAGAGGCAGACACAAAGAGGAGAGAUAACAGGGACACCCGAGUGUAUAGUCUGUGAACUUUGCCAUCUGGGACACUGUCGUCCGACGCCAUGAGCUGGAGCUUCCUGACGCGUCUGCUGGAGGAGAUCCAAAAUCAUUCCACACCGGUGGGGAAACUCUGGCUGACAGCACUGGUCGUAUUCCGCAUUGUGUUGACGGCAGUGGGCGGAGAGUCCAUCUACUAUGACGAACAGAGCAAGUUUGUUUGCAACUCAGGCCAGCCUGGCUGUGAAAACGUCUGCUAUGACUCCUUUGCACCGCUCUCACAUGUCAGGUUCUGGGUCUUCCAGAUCAUCUUCUCUGCCAUGCCAUCACUUCUCUAUAUGGGUUAUGCGGCUAAUAAAAUCUCCCACACCAAGGAGGGGCCAGGGACUGGGGAUGGGGAUUCAGCAGGAGGUGGAGCAGAAGGUGGGUACACACAUCGGAGGCCAAGGAAGCUUUACUUUGCGGCACGUCAGCAUCGAGCAGGGCACGAGAAUUCAGGGGAGGAGAGAGAGGAUGACCCAAUGAUCUAUGAGGUACCUGAGAUAGAUAGCACUCGAAGGGAGCUUGUUCCACCACGCCCCAAGCCCAAAGAGCGGCAUGAUGGGCGGCAGCGCAUACGGGAUGAUGGCCUGAUGCGAGUGUAUGUACUCCAGCUACUGACACGUUCAGCCCUGGAAGCGGCCUUCCUGGCUGGCCAGUAUCUGCUGUAUGGCUUUCAUGUAGCACCCAUCUUCGUGUGUACAGGUGAGCCUUGCCCGCACCGUGUGGACUGCUUUGUUUCACGCCCAACAGAGAAGACCAUCUUCUUGCGCAUUAUGUAUGGCGUCAGCUGCCUCUGCCUGUUACUCAACGUGUGGGAAAUGAUUCACCUUGGAGUGGGCACUAUCAAAGAUGCACUGCAAAAACGUCAUGCUGCCACAGCUGAAGAAGAAUACCAACUGGGCCUGCUGGGGCCCGGAGGCAUGUCUGACAGAGUAAGCGGGCCAGCACUCAGCGAAGGAGAAAUGGUGGAUGAUGUUGGGAACAGAGUCAGGGAGGCAGACUACGUGGGUUAUCCGUUCACUUGGAGUACCCCAUCUGCACCACCAGGCUAUAACAUCGUGAUGAAGCCGGAAGCCCUGCCCUACACAGACCUGAGCAAUGCCAAGAUGGCAUGCAAGCAGAACCGUGCCAACAUCGCACAAGAGGAGCAGCAGCAGUUUGGAUCCAACGAGGACAACUUCCCUUCGGCAAGUGAUGCUCGGCCACCACCAGUCAACGAGGAUGCUGUCCAGUUAGAGGCAGCUAUUCAGGCCUAUGCCCUCCAACACAGUGCCAGCAAUAGCCAUAAUGAGAUGCAUGACAACCAUAAUAAUGAUGAUAAGCCACAAAGUAACAUCCCCACUGUUCCUCAGAAAGAGAGGAAACAUCGGUUGAAACAUGGCAAAGUAGGCAGUGCUGGGAGCAGCAGUAGUAGCAAAUCUGGCGAGGGCAAACCAUCUGUAUGGAUCUGAGACUAUCUGUAGACAGUUCCAUUUUGCAAAACCUUGCCGUUUACAUAGAUACCCACACACACACGCACAGAUAAUACAGUUUUUAGGUAUACUGUAUACACUGUAUAUUUAUUGGUAUAGCAUAUAUUUUGUGCCUUAUGAUCCAGGGCAUUCUGGAUGAGUGAAAGUAUACUUUU